CCGCCGCCGAGCACCGGUCGGCUGAUUACGCAGAGUCACGUGCUAUCCCCUCGCCCUGCCAUUGAUUGCGGCGGGGGCACGUCGAUGGUUCCCACAAUGCUUUGCGGCAGGCGGACGUGGUCCUGCUGCCGAUGCCGCGGCUCCGGCUUUCACUAAAUCUGUUGGCAAUGUCUAUGAUCUUAUCUGCCUCAGUGGUCCGUGUUAGAGAUGGGCUCCCGCUAUCUGCCUCUACAGAUUAUGAGCAAAGCAUGGGAGUGCAGCAAUGUAGAAAAUAUUUUAAAACACUCUCCAAGAAGCUUGCUCAGCUUCCUGAUAGAUGUAUGCUGAAAGCUGGCCAGUAUAAUAUAAAUUUUAUUAGCUCUCUGGGAGUGAGCUACAUGAUGCUGUGCACUGAAAAUUACCCCAGUGUUCUGGCUUUCUGCUUCCUGGAUGAGCUUCAGAAAGAGUUCAUCACCACGUACAAUAUGAUGAGGACAAAUACUGCCAUCCGACCAUACUGUUUCAUAGAGUUUGAUAAUUUUAUUCAAAGGACCAAGCAGAGAUAUAAUAACCCACGGUCUCUGUCGACCAAGAUAAAUCUUGCUGACAUGCAGACAGAAAUCAAGCUGAGACCACCUUAUCAAAUUUCCAUGUCUGAACUUGGUUCAACUAAUGGAUUUGCACACUUAUCUGCUGCAGAAUUUAAGGGUACUGGUAAGAUAUCUACUGCUCCUCAUCAACGACUGGAAGCUGUUACUCUGCCAGGGAUUGUUUCAUUUAUACUGAGCCUGUUAUGUGGGGCUUUGAAUUUAAUUAGAGGAUUUCAUGCCAUAGAAAGUCUUCUGCAGAACGAGGGUGAAGAUUUCAGUUAUGUCAUUGCGUUUUUCCUUGGAACAGCAGCCUGCUUGUAUCAGGAAGUGACCUUACUCAAGGGGAUCCAGGUGCCCAAGACCAAGAUAAUUUACAGAAAAUGGAAUCAGUCCUAAAUGAACAGCAGUGGCAAAGCUAUUUAGGGAUAAAUUUUCUCCUAAAAGAAGGAAAAAACAACCCCAAAAGAGAUUAAUUGCAUCAAAACUACUGACAAUGAACAUGGCAAAGAAGCGAUACGAGUGCCACUUGGCUUCCUACACGAUUUUGUUUGCUUAUGCUAACAAACUAUUUGCAAUGAUUCCAUUGAAAAUUUAAAGGAGAACCCAUAAAAUCAUAAAUUAUUAUUGGACACAUAAUAAUGCUAGUAAAAGUGGUUUUGAGUGUUAUGAGAAUUGAACAUGCCCAGCUCGAAAGAACCAAUGGACCUCAGAAAAGACAUGAAACCACCCAUGUGGGGUAGUUGUCUCCAUCUCAAAUGUGGUGAAAUUAGGACAGAUGAACAUGUAAGAAAACAAUGGAAUAUGUGGUGGGCAACUCAGGAGGAAAGUGUAUGUGUGUGUGCGCCUCUCUGUGUGUUGUCUGUGCACGUGCCCACCCCUCUCUCUUCUCUCAACAUCUUGAGGAGAUUCCAUGAUCAGUGGAAGGAGGUUUGUUCAGCAGCAUUAGUGCAAGCUUCCCUCACACUGUGCUUCAAAGCCCUGACCUGGAGGGACCAAUGCACCUGUAUAGAUAAAAGGAUAGCUUUCAGUCCCACUUAGUCCUUGGCCUAUUUGCAGAAAUUGAGAGUUAACGUCGCUGUUGGUGUUGGCUUUUGAGAUGUGGACAUUAGGAACAGGGCGGAGAUCACAAGGCAGACAUCAGAUUAUAGCAAUUUUGAGUCCCUACUAACCUGGGCUGGAUUUGAAGCAACAACCCAGAGGUGAAAUCCAGCACCCCAGUAUUUCAUUACCAAGGGCUUGCCUAGUGGAAUAGUUAGUGCAUGGUAGGCUGGGGUGUAAAUCUACCUCAUACUAGCCUGCCAAGCACUAAUGGUCCACUUGUACUCUUCUAUCCCACACUAAAAGUUCCCUAGUGACCUACUCUCAUUUCAAAGCUGGGUAUCUCUAAGACCACUGAAACUCCUAGUGCACAGUACCAAGUUUCACAGGGACAGUUGUAUGCAGUGCAGUAAUGCGAGGUAGCGUUACAGCCCGGCCUGCGGUGCGCUAACUGUUCAUUUGAUGAGCCCCAACUCUCUGAGCCAUUCAGACUCUGUUGUUAUUUUUAUUUUUGAAGUAGCCAUUUCUGUCUUGAUCGUGUUGAAGAGUCUUAUGCUAGCAAUCAGAACAGCUAACAGCCUUCAUACUCAUUCCAAUUACGUUUUGCCAGUAAUAUUUCAUCAUUACCAAGAACCUGAGAAACAGGUUUAAUCUUCAGAAGAAGAUUUCUAAGGUGUAGAGACCUGUGAGAUGGCAUGGAGAUAGCAACAGUGAGGGAGCCUUAAUUUGUUGUGACUUACACGUCAGUACUGCAGUUCCAUAGUUUAUGCACUGAAGACUCAGAAACCCAGUCUUCCUAGUGAUAUGGAGGCAUCAUUGGGAGUCAAUAUGAUGGAGGAAGACAUUUUGAAAGUGAAACCCACUUACACAGUGUUGGCUGCAACCAGAAGAUCUGCAUUGUCAAAGAGGUUCACCCCUGGCACCUCCACAAUGAGAACGUAUAUGAAUUCGAUGAUCAACAUUAGGAUCAGUUUCCCGAUG